GAUCAAUCUGGAAUCUGGCCUGGGUGGCGCUAGUGUACGCAACAGACGUUUCACUGCCAGAGUGGCCCAUGACAUUCGUCGCUAUAACGCUGUCUCCGCGUUUUGAUUGGUGCUAAACCGAACCGAACCUGGUAACACACACACAAACGCACACACAUUCGAUCAUUCCGCAUCUCCUGGGCAAAAGCAGCGCUCUCAUCGUUCCUCUGCGGCGAGCGGUACAGCGGACCUCAAGUGUGUUGUACAAGUUGCGCGGGCGCGCCUGUAUAAGUGUGUUGUGUAUACGUAUUGUGUAUGAGUGUGUGUCUUCCGUAAAACGCCAAACGGUCUGUGACGAACGCGCUGGCAGCUAUUUUGCGUGAACAUUUCCGAAAGCCGCACCGAACCGUAGUGUGUGCUGCCUACUUGCGCGUUCCCUUGGGCAAUUUCGGACGUACAGCGUGAAAAGCGCGUUACACACAGUGCGACUGGAAGCGAAACGAGCAACCGACGGCAGCCAGCGUGCGUGUUUGUGUGUUGUGAGUGUGUGUGUGUGUGUGUGUGUGUGUGUGGGGGCACAGAAAACUUGUCCACUAAAACAUUAUUGCGUCCCCAGCGAAAAGUGGUGACUAAUCGCGUGCGAUUGUGUGACUCGAAUAGGGCUAAAAUAUCCCCAAAUCCCGCUGUUGUGCCAGCAUUCGUUCCAUCGGGUGAAACCCACCGGGAAACGAGGAAAACCAUCUCUCCCACCCCUAUCUCCGUAACUCCGUCAAAAGGACGACACGUACACACGCACACACGCGUACACUCCGUGUGCAGGAAGAAGUGGAAAGAAAGAGAAAGCGUGUGUGUGCGCGCUGCGACCGAGCGAGAAAGCGAGCCAAGGGCGAGCGAGACCGUGUGCCCGUGUGUGUGUGUGUGUGUGCGAGGCGAAAGAACGUCAAACGCGGUGGGAAGGAAGCAGAAAAAAUCGAACACUUACUUGCGUGCGUGCGAGCGCGUCUCUGUGGUGUGUAGAGUGUGUGGCCUUCCUGCAAACCUGGUUCAAAUAUGGCGAAGCCUGCCCAGUUAUUAACUAUUGAACCGGCGAACGAGCUCAAAUUCCAGGGCCCGUUCCGGACUGCUGUUGCGUCGUACAUGCGGCUCACCAAUCCGACCGACCAUGAUAUCUAUUUCAAAAUCAAAACAACCGCACCGAAGAAGUACUGCGUGCGGCCCAACUGUGGCUUACUGGAACCCCGCGAAUCACAGGAGAUAGCCAUCGUCCUACAGCCGUUCAUCUUCGAUUCGAACGAGAAGAACAAGCACAAGUUCAUGGUGCAGUCGAUGGUGAAGCCGGACGAUGAGGACAUGAACCUGGAAGACCUCUGGAAGAAGUACCCGGAGAAGCUGAUGGACUCGAAGCUGCGGUGCGUGUUCGAAUGCCCGCUGGACAGCAACCAGCCGGCCCAGGCGACGGACGGAUCGACUGCUGCUGCUGCCGCCGCACCCAACAGUAAACAACCGAACGCUGCGGCAGGCAACGAAGGCAAUGCACAGUUCUCAAACGCACAGUUUAACGCGAUGAGUAACGACGACGAGCUGCAGUCGGAGGCGGCCCUGCUGAAGGAGAUCAAGAAGCUGCGGGACAACGAAAGCGUUUUGCGCCAGGAAAAUUUGCAGCUACGGGAACAAAUUGUACAGCUCCACAUGGAAGCGGAAGGGCGAGCCAAAGAGCUGUCGUCGUCGGCCGGCGCUACUGCCGCCGCCAAAUCGGUCCCGGUCCAGUCGGUGCCCGUGCACUACCAGAAUCCGUACUCGCCACCGCCGCCCCAGCUCGGCCGCAUUCCGUCGAUGGACAGCUGGUACGCGCUGGCCUUUGCCAUCUUCAUAUGCUUCGUCGGCGUGCUGAUCGGCAAGAGCAUGGUCGGCGAGAGCAGCAAAUAAAGUUUAAUUUAACGAAGGGGAAUGUGGGUGGGUACUGCGGGCCCCCGGGUAACGAGCGAGAUGCAAUGGCCCCGCGGUGUUCCGGGUGGGUGGGUGGUGGUGGUGGUGAUGUGGUUUUGGAGGUAGAAAGUGGAUGGAUGGAGUCAACAGCAGCAGCAGCAGCAGCAGCAACACAGGAGAAGCGGACGCGCAAACACGGAGCAAAGGGAGGGGGAGGAGCAGGAGCCACCGGAGCGUUGUCAGCGAGGCGCCAAGCGCGCACUUUGAGAAAGCCCACGUCUCAACAGUGUUUAAUCCUGCCGCGAGCGGCCGCGCGCACCUGCUCCGAGUGGAUGCAAUUUGGGUUCGAUUUUCGAUUAUUCAAAACACUGUCAAACACGCGGCAAAACAAACCAAGAGAAGAGGCAAAACAAAAAAAAAAAAAUACGUGUACAGCAAACGCUCGCGCGCGCCAUUUGUGUAGUAGAGUAACUGUGCAGCGCAUAACCAGGCGUGAGAAUGAGAGCAGCAAACAACUACGCGCGACGCAACAAAAAGACACACAAGCAACAUACUGCAGCCACACAGAAAAAUCCACGCAUCCUACACGUACAUACAUUAACAUGAACACAAACGCAACGAUCACUGUUUGCGGGAGGAGUGCGCGAUCAUACUAUAAUGGUGUGAAGGGAAGGAGAGGGGAAUUUAAAAUGGGUACGCGGCCAACGCUGCCCGUUUCCUUUUUGUUGUUUAUUUGUUUUCCAUAUAAGAACGUAACACGAUUAUUAAAAAAAGGGGGGAAUGGGAAGCGUUAAAGAGCCGUAGAGGGUGGGGAUGAGCGUCGUCGUGUCACGAAACAAUCUUGGGAAGGAGGCACCAGUAGGGAAAGAGGAAGGAUGGAUAACAGUGGAGAUCAGGGCUCGGUGAUAGUUUUGUGUGUUCCGCGAGAACAGCAGAGAAAGGUGGACGAAACAGAAUCGGUGGGGGAAAAUACGGGAAAAUUCGAAUGCGAUGCGAAAGAGCUGACAGAGGAAGCAAGCAAGCAUGUGAGGUACGCUACGCGCGAAAACUACGACGCCACAAACACACACACACUCUCUCCUUUAGCAUCAAAGUCGCGAAAUUGGCAAGAUCCAUUGAGCUAGCUAAGUAACAAGAAGUUAUGCACCCAUAGCAGAAGAAAACGAAACAAAAACAACACAUACACACAAACAAAGACACUCAGAUACACAGAACAAACGCAAACAGACACUCAUAUAUUUCGUCUUGGUGAAGGAAAUUUGGAAUUUGGUAGCAAAAAAAAAGAAGAAAAAAACAUGAUACACACACACACACCAGCUUAAAUGCAGCUUAUUAUAAUAUAACAUGCCUAAACAUUAACUUAAAAGAAAGAACUAAUCCGAAACAGAAAAUUGUGCAAAAGAGCAAAAAACGGCAACACAACAAAAACACACGGGAAAUAAUAAGAAGAUCAGCAACUGUUCUGACGAAAAAAACUUAGGAGCAGAAUAAGAAGAAGAACAAAAAAAAAGAAAUAUAUGAAAAUAGCAGGUAGCAGGGAGGCACGUAGAGACUCGAGAGUAAGAGAGAAAUAGGGCAGCAGGUGAAAAGGGGAAAAGGAGAAAACCCAUGCACGAUUAAUAGCGAAAGGCGAACGCGGGGUAUGCGAAUUAUUAAACGCAAGAAUGGUGGUCAUGGAUAAUGAAGGGAAUGAGCUGAUGAGGGAAUGGCUGAUGAGGCCUGAUGAUGAUCGAUGAUGAUGAUGAUGAUGAUAUAAACGCAAAUAAACGUAGGUGUUGAAGCAUCCUAGAAAUGCAUAAACAAAUUGGGCAAAAUUCAACAAAAAAAAUGCGCAAAAACUCAGCAGCAACGCGCGCACGGCGUAAUGUAGAAAAGCAAUCAAGCGGGAUUUAUGUUAGCCCCUAUAUUAGUUUACUCUAAGUUGUGGUGAUUUUUUGUUUUACCUAAGCCCUCUUUCAUAAACUAUUAUGUACGCUUCUUCA